CCUAAAACCCUAAUUUAUUGAAAAACACAGGGAAGUUGCAGAAUGCAAUAUCUUCACAAAAAGCUAAUCACUAAUAGACAUUCAUUCAAAUUAUUCAAUCAAGUUGUAAGUAGACAUUUUUAUUCUACAAAUAAGUAUUUUGAUGCUGGGCAGCCAACACCAAGUACUCAUCCUCAGUUACUAAAAGAAGGUGAGAUUACACCAGGAAUUGCGUCUGAUGAAUAUAUAUCAAGGAGGAAGAGAUUACUGGAACUUCUUCCAGAGCAGACUGUGGCUAUUGUUGCAUCUGCCCCCGUAAAGAUGAUGACUGAUGUUGUUCCUUACACUUUUCGCCAAGAUGCCGACUAUCUUUAUAUUACUGGAUGCCAACAGCCAGGCGGGAUAGCUGUAUUAGGUCAUGACUUUGGUUUGUGCAUGUUCAUGCCCGAACCUUCCCCUCACGAAAUUACUUGGCAAGGACAGAUUGCUGGAGUUGAUGCUGCUACCCAUUUUUUUAAGGCUAAUGAGUCGUACCCAAUCAGCAAUUUACAUAAGGUUCUUCCAAACAUGAUAAAAAAUUGUUCGAAGCUAUAUCAUAAUGUGAAGACCGCUAUCCCAACUUAUACAGACUUGGAGCCAUUUCAAAAGGCUGCUUAUUAUGGGAAAGUAGCUGAUCUUUCCUUGUACACUCAUGAAGCACGAUGGGUGAAAUCAGCAUCUGAGCUUAAUCUGAUGAGAGAAUCUGCUUCCAUAGGUUGCCAGGCUCUUCUACAAACAAUGCUGCAGUCCAAGAUAUCUCCUUAUGAGAAUGUCUUAUCUGCCAAAGUUGAAUAUGAGUGCAGAGUGAGAGGUGCCCAGAGAAUGUCGUUCAAUCCUGUUGUUGGUGGAGGACCGAAUGGUAGCGUUGUUCAUUAUUCUCGAAAUGAUCAGAAAGUCAAAGAUGGAGACCUUGUUUUGAUGGACAUUGGGUGUGAAUUGCAUGGCUAUGUUAGUGACCUAACACGUACAUGGCCUCCCUGUGGCAGAUUUUCUGAUUCUCAAAAAGAACUGUAUCAUCUGAUCUUAGAGACCAACAAAGAAUGUAUUGAACUUUGUGAACCCGGUACAAGUAUCCAGCGCAUACACAACUACUCGGUUGACAAACUCAGUAGAGGGUUAAAGGAGUUAGGAAUAUUGAGAGAUAAUCUACGUAGCAGCUAUCACCAGUUGAAUCCAACUAACAUAGGUCAUUAUUUAGGAAUGGAUGUGCAUGAUUGUCAUACAAUCGGCUAUGACAGAAUCUUAAAGCCAGGUGUUGUGAUUACAAUUGAACCGGGAGUUUAUAUUCCACACAAUUUUGAUUGUGCACAGAGAUACCAAGGAAUCGGAAUCAGGGUUGAGGACGAAGUCCUAAUCACAGAAUCAGGUCAUGAGGUUCUUACAGGAUCAUUACCAAAAGAAAUGAGCCACCUUGAAACGUUGUUAAAUAACCACAGCUAUGGAGUGGGAACCGAUACUAGCAAUACUUUUGCUUCCGGUUUAUGACUUGGACCUACAGUGGUCUAAGCAGGCGGGCGUCGCGUAUACCGUUUGGUCUGCACCUGGAAAUUAUUAAUUUUGUAUUUAAUGUUUCUAUAGAAUGGUAAGAAAUAUUUACACUAUUUGAUUUUUUAGCUUCACUAUUUUAGAAUAAUGGUUAUUCACAUUCUACAUGUAGAUUGUUUUUAUAUACAAGAUGUAAAUGUAAAUGAAGAUUAAGUAGAUUUGGAUUAAGUGGAAAA